AUGCAAAGUCAAGUACUCUCGUUGUCUGAAAUUCGAGAAGUUACUUCUCUACGAGGGGUUCGCCGCGUCCUGGCUCAGCAGAACCUGAUAGCCAAUUUGACAUGCAAUAAACUCCCUCGGAUUUGUAGACUGAAGAGAAGUCCAGGGCCAGACUGCUGCAACAAGAAAUGCGUUGAUGUUAAGACCGAUCGCUUGAACUGUGGAACGUGUGGUUACAAAUGCAAGUACACUGAAACAUGCUGCAAAGGGAAGUGUGUGAAUCCAUCUUUUGAUAAAAGACAUUGCGGUGGAUGCAAUAAGAAGUGCAAGAAAGGGGAAUUUUGUGUUUAUGGGAUGUGUAGUUACGCAUGA